AUGCCUCCAAAGAGAAAGGCAGCUACGCCCGAACCCAAUGGCUCACACGCGAGCAAGAAGGGCCGGCCUGACCUCCGCCAGCCGCACCCAAACUCAAAGCAGGCAGAAGACUUCGGUAUUGUCUUACGGGAAUUCUACCCGCCAGAAAUGAGCAACGAGCGCUGUCAAGCAUACACCGACGGCGAACUAGAACGUCCAAUUGACACCCUGAAGAAAGCGUGUCAAGAAACUGCUGACACGCGUCAGUCCGUCGAGGCGGGGAGCGCCGUUGUCCACUGGUUCAAAAGCGAUCUUCGUCUUCACGACAACCGAGCCUUGUUUGCGGCUUACCAGACCGCCAAGGAGAAUCAGAUCCCGUUAAUCGGUCUUUACAUCGCGUCUCCGCAAGAUUGGACAGCGCAUUUGACCAGCCCUGCGCGGGUAGACUUCACUCUACGCACGUUACAGAGGCUGCAACAGGACCUAGGCGAGCUUGAUAUUCCUCUGUACAUGGAGACGCAGGAGAAGCGCACCACGAUCCCAGAUCGCGUCGUUGAGUUAUGCCAGGAAUGGCAGGCUAAUCACCUCUACGCUAAUAUCGAGUACGAGGUUGACGAGCUCCGGAGGGAAGCCAAAAUUGUUCGAGCUUGUGCAGAAAAGGGAAUCAAUUUCGCGCCUACCCACGAUACCUGUGUUGUACCUCCAGGCCAACUUGAGACCGGAACAGGAAAGCAGUAUGCGGUGUACACGCCGUGGUACCGGUCAUGGUUGGCCUUUUUGAAAGAGAAUCCUGAUUACCUUGAGGUCUCAGAGGAGCCGGGAUCCAACCCCGGAAACGCGCGUCAGAAACUGAAAGAUCUUUUCGCGUCCAAGGUGCCGGCGAUACCCAAGACUCACGCCCUGUCAGACGAAGAGAAGAAACGAUUUGAAAAGAUGUACCCGGCUGGAGAGCACGAGGCUACCCAGCGACUUGACAAGUUCCUCGAAGAAAAAGUGCGGCAAUAUGAGGAGCAGCGGAGCACAUUGCCUGGUGAACAUACAUCCGUGCUAAGCCCCUACUUCGCGUCCGGUGCACUCAGUGCACGAACGGCUGUUGCCACCGCGAAGAGACUCAACAAGGGACAUCUCGAUCGAUACGAUGCUGGUUUCAUGACUUGGAUCAGCGAGGUCGCUUGGCGUGACUUCUACAAGCACGUUCUGGCACACUGGCCAUUCAUCUGGUAA